AGAUUGUCCGUUGUUGUCAAAGAUAUGUCCAACGGAUUUCCUCGGAGAAGUCAAUCGUUUGUUGUAAUGUUGGUGCUCUCAUGAAAUCUUUAUUUUUUCCCUAAUUUCUGAAGAAAAUCCCCAUGAUGAAGACUCCAGAGGAGAGAAUAAUAGAGCGAAUUAACAAAGAGAUCGGUAGUGAUAUUAAAAAUCUUCAUAAAUCUGAGUGUUUAGUGAGAGAAUAUGAAGAAAGUCUCAGAGACAUCCGGGCAAAGCUCUCCCUGGAGGAUCCUUCAGUGAGUUCAGUGAUAAAAACAACCCUCACAGAUGCAGAGAAUGUUUCAGAUAAAGUCGAGAGGCAGAUUGAGAAGGUGGAAAAAUUCACUGAAUCACUGAGUGAAAAACUCGAUUUCCGGACGUCGAUUGUGACCGGAAUAGGGGAUAAUUUGGCAAAGAUCAGAGAUCUUGAGCAUCUAAUAGAAUACUUCAAGAUCCUAAGAGAUAUUCAGGACAUCAGUCAAGAGCUGAAGGCUUCUGUAGGCGGAAGAGAUGAAGCAAAGAUUGUUGGCUUCUACCUGGCACUCUGUGGAGAGAAAGAGUCCUGCAACAGUGUUAUCGGGAGACUCCAACAUGUCGAAGCGCCCCAUUUGAAGACAUUUGCCAAUCAGACGGCCAGCUACUGGCAUGACAUCCUCCUGGAGAAGUUCUCCAAGGACUUUGAGAGCCUUCUGAAAACCAUUCGAUGGCCCUACCUCGGUCAUGCUUCAGAAGUUCUCAAUCCCUCGAAAGAUUCCAUGAACAAAUUAACCAUUCUAGCUGAGUAUUUAUUCCUGAUAAAACCUCCUGGAGAUCCCAGUUCAGAACACAUUGUCCUCUCUCCAGGAGUCACUUGUCCACCCAUCAGUCAUCCCACACAGCUCCUCAUCAAACCCUUCAGGCAGCGAUUUCAGUUCCAUUUCACCGGAAAUAAACAGACAAAUCGCCUUGAUAAGCCCGAAUGGUACUUCACGCAGAUCAUCAAUUGGGCUAAAGACAAUCACAUCUUUGUGGGCGAGAACUUUCAAGUUUCCGCAUCCAGGGCAGGUCUGGCGGAUUUCAAUGUGCGUCUGGAAUUUGUGAGAGGACUCGUGCAGCUGGCAAUGGAGAAACUCUGUGAAGAGAUUGAACAAAUAGCUCAGGAUGAACAUUUAUUUGCGCAUCUUCUCGAUGAAGUUCUCUCCUUUGAGCAAGAUCUCAAGGAAAGUCUCAACUACCCAAAUGCCUUCCCAAGUGCAAUUUCUGUACUGACUCAGGCUCAGUACAUCGUCAAGUGGCUGAAUAUUGAAAGAGGAUUUACCACGAAUAAAAUGGAUGCAAUAAUGACGGGAGAAUCUCCGUGGGAGUUUAUUGAGCCGUCGAACUUUGAGGAACUAAAAAUUCCAAAAUGCGCCGAUCAGUUCCUUCACCUCCUGGACGCUAUUCGAGAACGGUACAGGAAUCUCCCGCAGCCAGGGCAUCAAUUGCAAUUCCUGCAACUUCAGUUGGAACUGAUAGACAAUUUCCGGCGGCGUCUCGUUCAAUUGCACAACACAAACAUUGGAUUCACUAAAAUCCUCAAUGCCGUCAACUACCUCACCUCAGUUUUGCGCGAAUGGGGCGAGAAUGUUCACUACCUACAUCUCCAUGCUGCCCUUGUGGGGCCCGAUGCUCCAGAAAUUAAUUCGGUAUUUGAGAAACCAGUUGAAGAAUUAGAACACUGGCAGCGAAAGCUGGUUAAGGAACUUGCUGGAAAAGUAGUGGAUGAUAUUAAGGCAAAAUCCAUGCCGUAUCGGCAUGAUUUGUGGGUCACCAUGCCAGAGCAGAAUGCCAAGGAACCCUUUAUUCUCAGUAUCACAGCCGGUGAGAUGUUUCAGAUUAUGAUGCAGUGUCUGCAUAAUCUCGAAAUGGAUCUUUCGGCAAAUAUCUUUGGAAUUGUACUGAGAUUGAUUGCCAAUCAGUUAGAUGACUUUUUCCUGGACAGUAUGAUAAUGAAUACGAAGUUUUCAGUGGGCGGAGCAGCUCAGUUUCAAUUUGACAUGACACGCAAUCUCUUUCCACUCUUUGGGCAGUAUAUCAGAAAGCCAGAACUUCAAUUCAAAAGUGUUGCUGACUCAUGCAUUUUGCUGAAUUUACCUAGAGGAUCAGCUAUCCUUCUGCAUGAAACUUUGAGGGAUUCCAGUGACUUAGAGUCCCAUAGGAAAUCCCUGAGGGAGGUCAAGGUAGGGAAUUUGAUGCCACCUGUUGCUUUGGAUGUACUGGAACGCAGGACAGAUAUUUGCUUCUGAGAAAAUUCCGAUGAUUUCGCGGGACGCUUUCUGGUAAUUGGGUUCAAUUUUUUUAGAGAUGAAUUUUCAGUAAAUUAUUUGCUUUAAUUAAAUUUUGACGACAAA